AUGGCUAGUGAGCAGACCAAUUUGACGUCUGUUGCACAACAACCUUCGUUUCUCAACAGACUGCCGGCGGAGAUACGGGCGAUGAUAUACCGGCACGUAUUCGCAGGAAGUGUUGUUCAGCUAUACACUAGAGAAGACGAAACGAUGGCGGUCCGCGAUCGGACUGCAUCAGCGGCUAUGUUAGCUGUUUCCAAGACUUGUCGAGAGGAGGCGACUGCGAUCUUUGGUAGUGAAAGUACAAUUCUGGCCUCGCGCGACAUCGACUGGCAUUCGAAGAGGCUCAGGGAACUGUUGCUCACCAACACAAGAGUGAAUUUCGAGACCGUCAAGCGUCUGGACCAGGAGAUCGUGCUUAAGCAGCUUGGAGAGGUUGCUAUUAUGGCGAACCCAAACAAGUUUUACUGCCUUGACCCUGAAGACAUGGACAUCUGGACAGUAGCUGCCACGGUCAAGUCCCUGUUCCCUGCCCUCGGAACAUAUUUCCUGACUCCCCCAAUACUGGCAGCGUUCACCGGUCCGGCGACCGGAGGCCCCAGAAUUGGUGCUGGAGCGUUCGCAAUGCUCGCACGAAGGGACACGGAAGCCGAGGCGAGGCUCGCGGUGCAGCAAGCCUUGGGUGAUUCUACACAGCACGGAGUUGCAGGGUUUCUCAACUCAAAUUUCGUGCAGUCACAGCUGCAGAGCCGGCACCAUCCUGUCAAUCGCUGGCUUUAUGCCUUAGCAGGCGCAAGAAGUCGGCAUGCAGACUGGAGCAGGCUUCCGGCCGUCAUUGUGGAUCUCAACCUAAGCAUUCAUGGGCAGGAGUGGAAAGCAUGGCCAGGCAUCGAAACUCACGAUUGGGCUCUGGACGAUGCUCAAAUACGGGAAAAUCCCACUCGAUUCGCUGACAGGGCUACGCCACUAUAUUUGCCGUUGGAUCAUAACGUCCACCGCGACUGUGUGCAUGGGCUCGUUAGAUUCAACCUCACGACCAACACCAUAAAAGUCCUGCUUGGCAAAUCGACCGUGUACUUGGAUUGCUUCGGGCCUUUGGGCGCUAUUGAUGGGACCAGGCUGUAG